UUUUUAAAAUGGUAUUGCACGUAAGUCGCUGCGACAGGCUCACUCGCCCAAAAGCCUGGAAAGUAUUUUCUCGCCGUGUAUUGGCCGGCGAAAUGCCCGAGUGAGACAAGACAAGGACAGCGCGAUCGAUUGUUCGUCCUUGUCAAACUGACUUGACCCAACCUUCCUGCUCUUGCGCUCGUCCGCACAUGUUGGUUCGCGACCUCGCCGCACGAGGCCUCCAAAGUCAACGCUGGAUUUGUCUCUAGCUCCUGUAGACCCUUAAAUGAUAUCUUUAAGACGGUAAUGACAGUAAUGCGAGAACAAGAGGAAGCUUCUUUGGCUUCAUAAUGAAUCAUAUUGCCCGCAAAAUAAAUAUUGCAGUAGGACAAACUAUAAUGCGAUUUGAGUAAAAUAUUUACACAUCCCUAAUCUUUUUGAGAGGUAAUCUUCUCACAAAAGCCAGUUAAAUUUUACAAAUAUUUUGUCAUUCUAGAAAACAUGGAGUCACGUAAGAGUAGUGAUGCAGCUUUGAAUGCAUACACAAUAUUAAAAUCAUGUGCUUCGACAAGUGAUGAAGCUGAAAAGUUACGAAACCUUCAGGAGGAGAAGCAUUCAAAAUUAACAAUUGGAGCAUUUUUUGAAUUUAUGAGAACUGCAUAUCAAGUUAAUGACAGUUUUAAAGAUGUGGCCACCAUACUUAAUGCAAAUAGUGAAAUUGACUGGCACGAAUUGGCAAAGAUCAAUUUAGAUGUUGAAACACAUCAAGAUAAUAAAAUACACAGCAAUAAUUGUGGCAUUAGUACACAAGAACAAAACAAAGAUAAUAUUCUUGUACAAGAUAUAUCACUGCAAACAACAAGUAACAAUUUAACGAGUCCGUGUACAUCUGAAAGUAUAUUAAGCUCACAGUUUUCAGCAACAUCUAGUAAUACCAAUAUUUAUGAGAUAUCUGAUAAGGAUGAUUCUAUGCAAAAAUCUAAUGACAUGGAAAAUUCUUUAAACGAAUGUGUAAAAACUGAGAAUAGUGUUAAAGAGGGAAGAUGUUUGUCAGAAAGUCAAGUUGGCAAUGAAGGAGAAAAAAACUUACAAUUUAAAGAGCAUACAGAAGAAAAUGAGUGUGGUUUAGCGAAAGUCAUGAAAGAAAAUUUGAGGGAUAUCUUACAUGAAGGACUGUUAGAUUCAGUGUUGCCGUACAUGCUUCCGAAAUCUUCGUUGUCGCAGCCUAUUAUUAAAAGAUCCACUGUUACUGCAGAUGCUAAAAAAAGUGCUUCAGUAGGUAACGUAGUCGAAAACAAAUCUGCAACUUUAACUCACAAGGAGAAAGAUAAGGAAAAAAAUAGGACAAAUAAAAAAUCCCUGGAGAAUGAGGUGGAAAUUCACGUAUGCGACGAAGACAAAAACAUCAGAAAAAACUUCCGUUGUCCGCAGAAGCUUCUUGUGCAAAAAAUGUGUUACUUUGCUGAUGUAACAGCAGGACAGAAACUCGACGAGAUAGACAUAUCAGUACAUUGUGAUGUUAUUAUUUUCGACUGGCUGAUGAGAUGGGUGAAAAAGGAUAUUAUAAAGAAAUCCGAAUGGCCGGUUUUGGAGGCCAAUAAUGUCAUUCCAAUUAUGGUAUCUGCAUGUUUCCUACAAAUGGAGCCACUGCUGGAAAAUUGUCUUCAAUAUUGCCACGACAAUAUGUCAGAAAUUUUGAAGACGUCAACGAUCCUAUCGUGUCUAGAUGAUAAUCUUCUCACAAGGUUGGCCGAAUUAUUCUCCAAUGAGGACGUUGAAAUGUUAAAGGACAAAAAGGACAAAAUUCAGAGCCGUCUGUUUUGUAAAUUAAUCAUAUCGCUGGUGGAAAUCACUCCGGAUAAUAUAAAGGGCCAUUACAGUUCACUGGCCACGUUAUUUAAAUGCGGCAAGUGCAGCAAAAACGUCGUGCAAUCGAUUUCCGAUUUUGUACCUUGUGUCCCGAGCGCGAUGAAGAUCGAUAACAAGGGUGCCAUCCACAGCAAGCAUGUAAGGGACUUGACAUGGACGCUGAACGACUACAUCGUCAGCCUGCGGUCGGAAUUGCGCUCUUGGCGCAAGGUCUAUUGGAGAUUAUGGGGCGACUGCCACUUCUUGUUCUGCCAACAAUGCAACAUGUACUUCCCGAUAUAUCAGAUCGAUUGGUGCUGCUAUCAUCCGGAACCCGCGCAGUUCUUCGUAAACGAGCAACAAAGACCUACGCCCUUUCCGUUGGGAAGAUACCCGUGUUGCAGUCAACGUGCUUACAGAUUUGAAGCCUUGCCAAAUCAAGGAGGAUGCAGAUACAAAGAGCACCUGCCGGAUAUAAGAAGCGAGAAGGAAUUAAAUAUACUGAACAUAUUGACAGCGCAUAGAGAAAUAAUAACUAUCGAGCCGCCUCAACUCUUCUUCCCAGAAAAGAUCACGCGACUGGUGACACGCGACCCGUCUCUCCGGCCGGGCAAGUUGGUGUGCAAGGAUGUGAUGUGGUGGAACGGUAUCGAGCUCGUGCCACAGAGACCGAAACUCGGUCUACUCGGAAGAAUUUGGGGUGGCUCGGGAUUUCGUCGAUCGCUCCAACCACAAGACUCGCAAAGGUCCUUGCAAAAGUUUCGUCGGCAGAUUUCUGUGACCACCGACCUCUCUUCUCCCGCCUCUUCAACCACGGACAGCGAAGACGACGACGGAGGGACCGCGUGCGAGGACAGUAGCGUGGACGAAGAGUCUUAUUAUAGCGAGGAAUCAAAUGUCCUGUCCACAUUACAAUCGGCAAGAAAGGCGAAACAUCUGAAUAGUCGCAAGAGCAACGGCAGAUGUUGGAGCGGUAAUUUGAACGUAAGGCACAAUCAGGACAAUCAGAGAGACUUUGAGGAGAGAGCCGCAGUGCAAAUGAUAGCGCUCCUAACGAAACGGACGCUCACGGAGAGCUCGCUCAUGAGAUCUUGCAGCAAGCAGCAUCACGGUUAUAAAACAAAGCAGCCGAUCGGUGGGACAUACGUAAAAUUAGAAGCUGAGUUUCGUGAACAGUUAUCACAAUCCUUAAAGUACAAGAAUCAUCUGACCGGCAAGACUCGUAUUAAAUCGAACAAAUUGUAAUUUAUAAAUAUGGAUUUGUACCAUAUGUGUAUAGUACUACACGUAUGUGCCGUA